GUGUGUGAGAUUGGACCUGCUGAUAAAGCUGACUGGGGACAGGUUGAGAUCGAGGUGAAUGGAGGGAAGAGAGGAACCUCCUCUGUUUCCUUCACCUACAGGGACCCGAUGCCUGAGGAGGUGAUGCCAAAUAGAGGUCCUAAAGCAGGGGGAACCCUCAUUACAAUCUCUGGACUAUUUCUGAAUGCUGGCAGUAAGGAAGAUGUCCAGGUUACCAUCGGAGGGGUGAACUGCAGUGUGGAGCACUUUGGAGAAAAUAUCACCUGCAGGACAGGAGAAUACCGCGUGGAUAAAGUGCCCUCUGACCCUCUCGACGUCGUAAUGAAGUAUGGAAAGAGAACCACAAAAAGCAUCCCGGCUACCUUUCGGUUUGUUGAAAACCCCACUGUGCAGGAUCACCAGCCCAAAGCAAGCUUUGUCUGUGGAGGGAGGAAUAUUGUGGUAACUGGCACCAGGUUUGACAUAAUCCAGACUGCGAUCAUGAAGGUCCAGGGACGUGACUGGUCAUCUUCAGAGUUUGCCCAUGAGAAGAACGCCACAGUCAUCCAGUUUCAGUCUCCAACAGUAAACGGCUCCGCAGACCAGCACUUGAAAACAGUCAUUAAGCUGGACAACUGGGAGAAGGAGCUGAAGCCCUUUUUCUACCACCCUGACCCCAGCUUCAAUAAUCUACAAAACAAGAUCAUCACUGCGAACAGCAUAAUUAUCGUUACUGGUCGGGGAUUCUCCAAAGCCAUGACAGCAAAGGAGGCUCAAGCCUUCGUAGGUGACGUUCAGUAUGUGGUCUGCAUCCUUCAGGAUGAUAAGCUGUUCCUGGACACACCUUCCAGCCCACCUCGUGCUCACUCCACACAGGUGGAUGUAAAGAUCAAGUUUGGGAAAGGGGUGUGGGUGGUUGGCUCAAUGGAAUUUGAGGACAAGGAUUAUUCCCUCUACAUGAUCAUCCGUAUUAUUCUUCUGGUCACCCUGGUCACCAUCACUAUCUCUGUCUACUGCGCCACACGAGCUCAGUUGUUUUAGGUUUGUUUUAAGAAUCAUAUCAUAUACAUAUACAUAAUCAUAUCAUAUACUGUGUAUUCAUCUAUCCCAUCUAUUUAUCUAUCUGGCCAAUAUAUAUAUAUAUAUAACAUGAUAAAAACAUUUGCUUACAGUAGCACUUCAUUAUUAUAAGAAUUAUUCACAUUGUUUUACGCAUUAAAAAUAUGUUUUUGAUCUUUUUGCCUUUUUAACUCUUGUAACGUUCCAUACAUUCAGCGCUUUAGAGGCAAAGUGCUUCUGCUUUAAUACAUUUAAUAAAC